AUGGGCCUACCACCAGCUGAUGCCACUCCAACUGAUCACCAAAGAAGGUGCAUCGAACGAAUGCUGCAAACGAAAAAGCUUCACAUUGGCCAGAACCUCCUUGCUUGGAAGAUUCAUUUUGCCUUCCCAGACGCACUGCCCUAUGUUCAUGAUUUGAACAGCAAUGAAAGUCUUGCCUCAGGUCUGGAUGUAUUCGCUCCAUUCCGACUGUACAGCACUUUCAACGACGACCACCGGGACUGCCUGGCAUCAUUAGCAGAUGUGCCAUUUCACACGGUAGAACGAUGGAUUCGUGAGUGCGGACAUUCUUCAACCAGAUUACAAGCGCCAUUGCACGACGUCAACGCCCAUCCCUUCCCUCCAGCAAAUCACUCUCCAGCCACCAAGCGAUCUGAAUUCGCCGGUUCACUCGAUCCCUAUGCUUACCGCGAACCGAAUACAACCCUUCAGCGUCCCCGCAAAGUCAAAGUCGAGAAGGGAUACUUUGAACAAGACUGCCUUACAUGCUUUGAGAAGGGCUUUGACCCUAAGUCGCAGAAACAAUUGCGCAAACACCUCAAGAUGGACAAGCAUACAAAGGAAUACAAACUCAAGUCCACACCGGACAGUCUUCCUGACCAUUAUUCCUGCUGUAACAUCGUCUUCGACGACGAAGACUCCUGGGCAGACCAUGUGGUGGACUGUCACUGCCACUCCUCAGACAUGCUUGGCCCCAAACCAAUGAGCCAUACACAUCCAGCUGCUAGUCUCCAGGGUGUGUCGACUCCCGGGUCGAGCGCAGGCUGGUACGCUGGAGGUAGCUCUUAUCAAGGUACUCCCGGUUCUGGUGUGACCAGAAACACCAGCUUCUCGAGUAAAGGAUCUCGCCGUUACUCUGGUGUAUCAGACCAUCAUGAAGGAUCACCGAACGCUGUAGAAAUUUCCGGUUUUUUCGAAAGUGGGCCAGUGCCUACUAGCCAGCCGCGGAUUCAUCUCGAGCCACCAUAUCUCCCCUCAACUGUCAUAUCUAUAGAUUCACCAAGUGAGCAGCUUCCUCUUGCAAUGGAUGUAUUUGGCAACAACCUGUUCGACGACAAUCACAACAAGGUCUUCCGCGCUUGUGAUAACUCUCUCGUAUCUAAUGGGUAUGCCGGCCUGACCUCCAUAUUGCCUGGGCGUCCACUAUAUGCAUACCCAGGCUCUGGCAAAGUCCACAGCUACUGGUACGGCAUCAACAUAUGGUAG